UAGUAUAGAGGAAACACACACGUGACCUGACGGAAGGUUUGCAAGUGCAGUUAAUUAGGCAGAAUGUCAAAGGAUGUGGUGGGUAUGUGGGAAGUGUCUCUGAGUGACGGGAUUUACCAGAUUGAAUUUGAGCAUGGAACCACCACCGGGAAGCGUGUUAUUUACAUAAAUGGAAAGGAGGUCCUCAGAAGGGACUGGAUGUUCAAACUGGUGGGCAAGGAGACAUUCCCAGUUGGAAGUACAGGAACAAAAGCCACCAUAAAUAUCGAAGCAAUCACUGGCUUUGCUUAUGAAUAUACUCUGGAAAUCAAUGGAAAAAGCCUCCAGUCAUUUUUGGACAACCGGUCCAAAAUAUGCAAAACUUGGCUGCUGAAACUAGAUGGUGCGGACUGCAGGAUUGUGCUCGAGAAAGAUACCAUGGAUGUUUGGUGCAACGGGCAAAGGAUGGAAACCACGGGGGAGUUUGCAGAUGACGGCACCGAGACACACUUUGCGGUGGGGAACCAUGAGUGUUGCAUAAAAGCUACCAGCACCGGGAAGAAAAGAAAUGGAAUAAUCCACUCUCUGCUUGUGGAUGGGAUGAGGGUUACGGACACCAUGGGAUGAAGAGGAUGGGACUUGAACUGAACAAUGCAAGUCAAGUACCUGUAUCAUUUUUGGUACUUGAGGCUCAGGUGGCAAAGCAGUGAAGGAGCUACUUCCUAGCAGUACUUCAGAUCACAGCUGAUAGAACGAGAUCAAUCGAGAAGCUGCAUAAUGCUACAAGCAUGUAUUUACAGCAGCCAAGUCCUGUGAAAACAGUGUAAGAAAUAAAAAAAUGAAUAUUAGGGCCAGUUUCCUAGACCUUUACACCUUUACAUUAAGCCUAAAUCUAGACUACAGAAAACCUCCAAUGGUGAUUCACCAUUAGCACGGCAGUUUAGUCCAAGAUUAGGCCCAAUUGAUGUCUAGGAAACUGGCCCCAUAAGUAUAGUUCAGUCAAUAUGUAGUAAUAUACGUGCUACUACAGGCUAAUUCAUAGAAUUAAUACAAGUAAUAUAGCAUUUUGCUUUAUUUUGCUGUAGUAGAAAUUAUAUAAAUUCUAUAUACACCCAUCAGGCAUAGCAUUAUGACCA